CGCUGUGCGCGCGGGGCCUCGGGGCGGGGCGAGAUGGCGGAGCCCGGGUGAGGCGCGGGUUUACUGUCCAGGAGGAUUUAGACCUUGCUUAAAAAGAUGCCUGCUGCCUGUGAGUCAGUGCUUGAAGAUAUCGAAGACAUCGUGUCAGCAGAAGAUUUGAAGCCACACGAUCGGCAGUUUGUGAGAAGGAAUGUUUUUCCCAAAGUGCGAAAACGCAACUCCCAAAAAAUCGUUCAGACAGAUGAUGAGCCUCCAAGUGACAGCAUUAUUCCUGGUGUUCAGAAAAUCUGGAUUCGUACAUGGGGAUGUUCUCACAAUAAUUCAGAUGGUGAAUACAUGGCUGGGCAGCUGGCUGCAUAUGGAUACAAAAUUACAGAUAACUCUGCUGAAGCAGAUUUAUGGUUGCUGAACAGUUGUACAGUAAAAAAUCCUGCUGAGGACCACUUCAGAAACUCCAUCAAGAAAGCCCAAGAAGGGAAGAAGAAAGUUGUUCUAGCAGGCUGUGUACCACAAGCCCAACCUCGUCAGGAGUACCUGAAAGGCUUGAGUAUUAUAGGGGUUCAGCAGAUAGAUCGUGUAGUAGAAGUUGUGGAGGAAACUAUUAAAGGUCAUUCUGUGAGACUGCUGGGUCAGAAAAAGGAUAAUGGAAAACGUUUGGGGGGAGCCCGACUGGAUUUACCAAAGAUUAGGAAGAAUCCACUGAUAGAAAUAAUUUCCAUCAAUACAGGGUGUCUCAAUGCAUGUACCUACUGUAAAACUAAGCAUGCCAGAGGAGAUCUAGCAAGUUACCCUAUUGAAGAACUGGUGGACAGAGCCAAACAGUCUUUUCAAGAGGGUGUUUGUGAGAUAUGGCUGACCAGUGAAGACACAGGGGCUUAUGGCAGAGACAUUGGCACAGACCUCCCCACGCUUCUGUGGAAGCUGGUUGAAGUUAUUCCUGAGGGAGCUAUGCUGAGGCUUGGCAUGACAAACCCUCCCUAUAUUUUAGAGCAUCUGGAGGAAAUGGCCAAGAUUCUCAAUCAUCCAAGAGUAUAUGCUUUUCUGCACAUACCAGUCCAGUCAGCCUCUGACAGUGUGCUCAUGGACAUGAAAAGAGAAUACUGUGUGGCAGACUUCAAACAAGUAGUGGAUUUCCUUAAAGAAAAAGUGCCUGGAAUAACAAUUGCUACAGACAUAAUUUGUGGUUUUCCAGGAGAGACAGAUGAAGAUUUUCAAGAAACUAUGAAACUUGUAGAACUUUACAGGUUUCCAAGCCUGUUUAUUAAUCAGUUCUACCCACGUCCAGGAACCCCAGCUGCAAAAAUGCCUCAAGUUCCAGCUGCAGUGAAAAAACAGAGAACAAAGGAUCUCUCCCAGCUGUUUCAUUCAUACAAUCCAUAUGAUCAUAAGGUUGGUGAGAGGCAGAGAGUUCUGGUAACAGAAGAAUCUUUUGACUCCAAUUACUACGUUGCUCACAAUCCUUUCUAUGAGCAGGUUCUUGUACCAAAGGAUCCUCUGUUAAUGGGCAAGAUGGUAGAAGUGAAUAUUUAUGAAGCUGGAAAACAUUUCAUGAAGGGGCAGCCAGUAUCAGAUGCCAGAGUUCACACUGCAUCCAUCAGCAGACCGUUAGCAAAAGGAGAAGUUUCUGGUUUAACAGAGGUGAUCGGCAAGGCGUGGCAGUCCAGGCUCUUGGUAGACCCACAUGACCUCUCAAAAAGGAGUUCAGACGUUCACCACAGAAUGGCACAAACUGGAAAGCACAGCCUUCUGCUGAGAUCCCAGUGAAAACACAGCUCAGCUCCUGCAUGGCUUUGCAGCUCCCAUGGCAACAAGAGGGAGGUGGACUGAAGAUCCUGUCUGUCAGCCUGGCUCUACUGGCAGUUCUUGUUAUGUUUUACUAUGGAGGAAUGAAAACAGAACUGUGAACUGAAUGGGGCUUUUAUAAAAACAAUGAAACUGCUGUUCAGAAUCUUCAAAGGAAACAUUUUUACCAACAAACUUUUUUUUAUUUUUUUUUAAGGAAAAAAAAGCUAAUAUAAAUUGGGCAAUAAUUUGUACUCACUCUAUGCCUUUCCUGUCAUUCAAAGGAGAGAACAUUAAUAAGCUGUAGGAAGGCUUAUCUUGCCAAAACCUGAGAUCCUUGGUAGAACAGUUCGUUGCAUAUUUCCUUUUUUUUCCUGAAAUGAUGCAAUGUUUGCAUUGUAUUCUCUUUUCAUAAUUGCUGUAUCAGAUAAAAUUGCAUUAGGUUUAUAAAGAGUCUUUCCAUUGAGUGAUAUUGGUCAUCUUUUAUGGGUAGGAUAUUUAAAGCUUUCCUAAAGAUUUUGCUUGAUGCAGUGUGAUCAUUUGGUAUCUGUCUUUUUACAUUAGAAUGAGCACUGCUAGGCCAUUAAAGUUUGUUAUUUGUUGCAAUUUAUUUUGAUGUCAUGUCUGAAAGAAUUUUUGCCUGCCAUCUUGCAUCUCUCAACUUCACAAUGAGCUAUUAGGCUUUGUUAAUACAAGAAGAAUUAUUUUUUACAUAGAAAUAGUUCUAAAGGUGUUGGGUUUUUAUAAUUGAAUGGGAAGAUGUCAUUCUGGUGAUAGAGUUCUGUUAAAAGAUGGAUUUAAUACAGUCUGUAGAUUUCAUACAACACUUGGAGAAGAACUACCUGGGAAUCUCUUAGCUAUGCAUUGGCUCAAUAAAACAGUUCUUACUCUCUUA